AUGACGCGCAGCGUUCAUCGUUCACUUCCCCAGAGCCAGCGGUCUCCUGGCAGCAGUUUCGCUGCCUUCGACUUAGCAGAGUACGGCUCAAGGCUGUGGGGUGUACCCUUAUGUUCUGCUGCUGCUGCUGCUGCAGCAGCAGCAGCAAAGGGCGGCACUGCUGCAGCAACUCCGGAAGCAGCAGCAGCCGCAGCGCCGGCACCAGCGGAGAAUGAAGCAGCGGCAGCAAAAGCAUCAGAAGGAUACCCAACAGCAACAGCAGCAGCAGCAGCAGCAAGACAUCGUUCACUGCUGGGAGCAGGUCUGCGCCGUGCGGUGUAUAUACCGUUGAAGCUGCUGUGUGUCCCGCUGCUGCUGCUUAGUUUGCUGCUUUCGUUUUGGUCGUUGCUGCAGCAAGCAGCAGCAGCAGUUUGUCUUUCACUCAGCAUCAAGCUGUGCCCAAGGAGAGCUGAGUACAGGCUGCGCUCGGAUCUGCUGCUGCGCGCUGCUGUUGCUGCUGCUGAUAGAGCUGCUGCUGCUGCUGCAGCAGCAGGUGCAGCAGCUGCGGGGCCCUCACCCAGAACAACGCUGGCGGCUUUGCUGCUAAACCACGGCAGCGACAGCACAGCAGACCGCAGAAGCAGCAACAACAGCAACAGCAACAGCAGCAGAAGCAGCAGCAGAAGCAGCAGCAGGAGCAGCAGCAACACUGUGGCUUCGGGGGGUUACUUCAGCAGGCUGCAGCAUGCAUUUGGGUCGUUGUUGAGCUGCUGCUGCACCUGUCAGUGCAGCAGCAGCAGCAGCAGCAACAGCAAGAGCAGUCUCUUGCCGUCUUGGCUGCGCACCCGCUGUCUCUUCUGCGCUGUCUGCUGCCUUACUGGUGCCAGCUGCACCAGCAGCAGCAGCAGCAACAGCAGCAACAACAACAGCAGCAACAAGGAGCAGCCAGAUGCAUUGCGUGUGUGUACUGCUACUGGGGCCCGCCGCAGCAGCUGCUGCUGCUUGCCUCCUCCUCUGAUUCUUUCUGCUGUUUUGUCUGCAGAUGUUGAAGCAUUAAAAGCUUGUGCAAGUAGUGUUGCUGCAUGCGGGGCCUGGCGGUCAAGCCCCACAGCAGCAGCAGCAGCAGCAGCAGCAGCGGCAGCAGCAGGAGAGCUGUGUCCUCUGUCGUUGACUUGCUGCGACAGGCUGCAGGGAGGCGAGCUGCUGCUGCUGCGGUGGCUGUCUCUAAGAGCUCUAGGCGUCUCCUUAUUUGAGUUUCGUUUGCUUAGUGCUGCUGCUGACGCAUGCAAGUCUCGCUGCCGCGCUCUCAUCCACUCGCAGCAGCAGCAGCAACCGCAGCAGCUGCAGCUGGUGCUGCAGCAGCAGCGGCAGGUUGGAGCAGCAGCAUCACAAAGGAAAAAUAAACACAGCAGCAACACUGGGAACUUUGCUGCUGCUGCAGCUGCUGCUGGUCGACGACUGGGGCCAGCUGCAGCACGUAGCGCGGCUUCAGCAGCAGCAGCAGCACUUGCAUGCAUCCGCAGCUGCAGCAACAACAGCAGCAGCAGCAGCAACGGGAGUAUGCGUUGCUGCUGCUUCUGCAGCGCCAACGUUGCUAUUGAUUUGCUGCCGCCGCCUGCUGGGUCGCUUCCGGGGUUCGGGCCGGGAGACAAUUAUGCUUUCUUCUACCUAAGCCCCUUUGAACGCUGUACAUGCAUCAGCAGCAGCAGCAGCAGCAGCAGCAGCAGGAGGGAGCCCUGGUGCCACGGCAGCAGCAAGCGCGGCUGCAAUGGAGGCGGUCAGCGCGGCAGUGCAGCAGCAGCAGCAGCAGCUGCUGCUGCUGCUGCACCUGGAGAUCUGAUGUCUUUACAGCUGAGACAGGCGCUGCUGCCGCUGCAGUUACAUCUACCUCACUGUAUUUUGGGGUUUGCUUCGAGUCGUGCUGCUGCUGCUGCUUCUGCUGAAGAGGUUAAUGCUGCAUACGUGCGGCUGCUGCUGCUGCUGAUUGGGGGGCCUUCCCAGGACAGCAGCAGCACCUCCGAUGAAUGGCUGCAGCAAGACAGGAGCAGCAGCAACAGCAGCAGCAGCAGCAGCUGCAGCAGCAGCAGGGACUGGACUGCUUUGUUUGCGUUUGAGAAGCUGGAGUCUUAUUUUAGGCCCAGUGGCGCUGCUGCUGCUGCUGCUGCUGCAGCCAGCAGCAGCAGCAGCAACAGCAAGUUGUUGGGUAUGUGCAGGAGUAGCAGCGGGGAGAGGGAGAAUAUUGCAGCAGAGGACGAAAAGGUUCAGCAGCAGCAGCAGCAGCAGCAGGUGUCUCCUUCUACUUUAGACCUGUUUCUUCUUCUAAGAGUCAUCCGCAGAGCUCGAGCGGCCCUGCAGCAGCAGCAGCAACAGCAGCAGCAGCAGCAGCAACAGCAACAGCUCGUGCUGCAGCACGACAUUAAGGGUGCCAGGAGCACCAGCAGCAGCAGCAGCAGCAGCAGCAACGAAUGGAAUGCCUCACGCGAACAGUCUUCCGUCCAUCAGCAGCAGCAGCAGCAGCAGCAGCAGCAAGAAAUAGGGUUCUUCCCCCCGUAUCAGUCUGUAGUCGGCGAGGUGCUGUGGAGAGCGCAGCGUGAGGCGCUGAGCAGCAGCAGCAACUGCAGCAGCAGCAGGAGCAGCAGCAGCAGCAGCAGCCGUAGGCCAGGGACCUCUGCAAGUGGUGACGAAUCUGUGGCUGUAGAGGGAUGCGCAGCAGGAGAAGCAGCAGCAGCAGCAGCCAAGUGGUGA